UUUAGUUUUUGCCCUCAGCUUCCCUCAUAGCUUCUUCCAGUCUCUCGUCAAACCGUCGGGGACAUCCACGUACAUCAAACGUUUUGUCCGAGAUUAAAUCUCAAUUUCAUGGGACCUUCACCAUCCACGAGCACCCAAACAGAGUUAACUCUUGGAAACGCGUUCGAUGUGAAUGUUCCGUACCAAACUUUGCAGGUUUAUUAUUAUGAAGAUCCUAAAGGCUCCGGGUUUCUGGAGGCUAUUUUUCGAAGACCCAUUUCUGGCCUGUACAAUGAUGUGGUCCUUCACAAUCAUUCGUUGUUGAAAUCCGAGCAAAAUCAGGUUCUUUGCGUGAACGCAAGCAGAACAUACAAGUCAGGUUAAAGUUUGCAGAGGGAAGAACUUAGGAGGCCGAGCCGAUCGCGGGCCCUCCUCCACAAGUUGGUGUCAGUUGUGGUGGGAUGGUUCAAGCACAUUCUUAGAAUUAUGGAUGCGUGAAAGCUUUAAAAGGAUCAGGAUUUCGGUCGAGGGUGCUAUCUCUUUGAACUCGCUCCAGCCAAGAUUAUGAGCGACAAAGAAACAAAUGGUGACAGCGGCAUUACUGAAGACGUUCGAAGCGAGGAAUACACUCAGACUCAAACGCGAGUAGAAGUUACAGAGGAAGAUAGCAAACGCAUUCUACGAAAAACUGAUAUCCAUCUUCUCACUAUUCUUACUUGGGUUUAUUGGCUCCAAAUCUUGGAUAAAUCCGUUCUGGGGUACGCCGCGACAUUUGGAUUGAGGCAAGAUGCGGGUCUUGUGGGCAAUCAGUUUUCCACCAUUGGCUCAAUGAACGCCAUUGCUCAACUGGCGUGGCAGCCGUUAUCCAGUUACUUACUUGUGAGGAUUAAGCCGAGAUUGUUCAUGUCGAUCAUCGUUGUAUGUUGGGGAGCCUCCCUCUGUGGUAUGGCAUCGAGCACUUCACACCCUUCGCUCCUUGCCACCCGUUUUCUCCUGGGUUUAUUUGAAGCCGCCUGUCUGCCACUAUUCGCAAUUCUUACCUCUGUUUGGUACCGUCGUGUUGAACAGCCAUUGAGGGUGGCAACUUGGUAUGGAACAAAUGGAAUGGGGACUAUCAUGGCCGCCAUUUUCGCUUAUGGCUUUGGCCAAAUAAAAAACCCGGCACUGCAUACCUACCAAAUCAUCUUCCUAUUUUGUGGACUGCUCACCUGUGUAACUGGACCAUAUAUUUAUUGGAGACUCGACAACAACGUCAGCGAGGCUCGAUUUUUGUCCCCUGAGGAUCGUCUUAAAGCCGUGGAGCGCCUCCGUGCUAACAACACGGGAAAUACUGCUACCGAAAAAUUCAAGAUAAGACAGGCGGUAGAGGCUCUCCUGGAAAUCAAAACAUGGCUCUUCAUUGCCAUGACCUUUCUGCUCAAUGUAGGAGCUUCCGUAACAGUGACUUUUGGGCCUGUCAUCUUGAACGGUCUCGGUUUCGAUAAAUUUACCACGAGUCUGCUGAACAUCCCGUUCGGCUUUCUGCAAAUACUGUUGAUCUUCCUGUCUUCGUACGCGGCAUAUAAAUGGAAGAACAAGUCAAUGAUUCUUGCAGUACUUGUCUUGCCUGUUAUCAUUGGGCUAGUGCUCCUAUAUGGUAAGACUGUCGUUUGGUUUCUACUACAAAUGCAAAACCAUGAUUACCCCACCUUACAUGCAGUUCACGACUUCCCAUUAGGGGUUCUUCUCCUGGGUUAUUACUUCCUCGCGUUCUUGUUUGGUGCGAACCCGUUGAUCGUUUCCUGGAUGACCGCAAAUACCGCCGGUUCUACCAAACGAAGUGUUUUGAUGUCUGCAUAUAAUGCCGCCUCUGCUGGAGGGAACAUCGCCGGACCUCUCCUUUUCACGGACAACGACGCUCCUCUAUACAUUCCAGGUCUGAGAGCGGUGCUGGGUAUCUUUAUUGCACUCAUGGCUGUGGUUGGAUUCCAAGUGGUCAACCUAAUGUUCCUGAACAAGCUCAAAGAGCGACAACGAAUGAAAAACGGAAAACCAGCUAAGUUACACGACUCCUCCAUGGACAAGAAGUUCCAUAUGGCCGAUACCGACGCCAUCCCGGAAAACGCCUCAGAUGACAAGAUUCGUCAUGUACAUUUAGGCGAGAACGCAUUCAAGGAUCUUACGGAUAAGGAAAACGACGAGUUUGUGUAUGUGUAUUGAACCGUUUAUUCACCGUAUCGACGUCGGACGAUGGAAUCAUACGGAGAGCGAGGUGUACACCGUAGUAUAAUCAUAAUGAAUGCUGAACAUCAUCGUGUCGGCCGCAGAUUCUGCCACUACGACGUGUUGAGUCUGAACGAACUAUCCUACGGCCGCUACAUAGUAUGUUUGCC